AUUACACUACAUUGCAAACAAAAAAAAAAUCAAUCGAUUAUAAAAUGGGCCAGUUCAGUUUCUGACGUGUAGAAAGCCCAGUGGCUAACCAAGGGAAGAGCAUCAUAAACACUACAGAGAAGUGAGCUGAGCGAAAAAGAGAGAUACACAGGGUGUGUGUGGGUGUUGGUGGUGGCCGAGUCCGCCGUGGCAUGGAAGAAGAGCUGGCCAUGCUUAGGCAAUUCAUUGGUCAGCUUCAAGACCUUUUGAAUCUCUACGGCUCUCCUCUUCCUCCCUUUGAUUCUCUUCAACCCUUUCACUUUCAUAACCAACAACAACAACAACAAAAUCACAACAACGGCAACAACAACAGAUGGUGCUUCCUCAAUCUUGAUGAUGACUCAGCAGAUGAUUACUGUAGUCUUGUGAUGGCGGCUGGAAAAUCUGGAAGUUUCAAGAUGUUGGAACCUUGCAAGCCUCCACCCUCCAAGAAACCUCGCAAGGAGCGGAAUCGAGGAAAAUCACUGGGAACCACCAGUUCAACUGAGGUUAUGCAACAAGAAAUUUGGAAAGAAUUCCCUGAAGAUCUGUUCGAAGCUGUUAUUGCUAGACUUCCAAUCACUACAUUUUUCCGCUUCCGCUCAGUUUGUCGAAAAUGGAACUCCUUCCUUGAUUCUCAAAGUUUCUCUCAGCAUUGUGCCCAAGUUCCACAAUCUAACCCCUGGUUUUACACCAUCGCACAUGAAAAUGUGAAUUCUGGAGCCAUGUAUGACCCUUCUUUGAAGAAAUGGCAUCACCCAACUAUAUCCUAUCUGCCCACAAAGAUGAUAGUCUUGCCAGUUGCUUCAGCAGGAGGUCUUGUGUGCUUUCUUGAUAUUGGUCACAGGAACUUCUAUGUCUGCAACCCUCUGACUCAAUCUUUUAAAGAGCUGCCACCAAGGUCAGUGAAGGUCUGGUCCCGUGUUGCUGUGGGGAUGACUUUGAAUGGCAGUGCAGCCAGUGGGGGCUACAAGAUCUUGUGGGUGUGCUGUGAUGGAGAGUAUGAAGUUUACGACUCACUGAAAAAUUCUUGGACCCGACCAGGAAGCAUGCCCUCUUGUAUAAAGUUACCCCUAUCACUGAACUUCCGGUCACAAACAGUUUCCCUUGGAGGUACACUUUAUUUCAUGCGCUCAGAUCCUGAAGGGAUUGUGUCCUACAAUAUGGUUACUGGGGUUUGGAAGCAAUCUAUUAUACCAGCCCCGCACCAUCUGAGUGACCAUGCACUUGCACAGUGUGAGGGGCGGAUCAUACUUGUUGGCUUGCUAACAAAGAAUGCAGCCACUUGCGUGUGCAUAUGGGAGCUGCAGAAGAUGACACUCUUGUGGAAGGAGGUAGACAGAAUGCCAAAUAUAUGGUGCUUAGAUUUCUAUGGAAAGCACGUUAGGAUGACUUGCUUGGGCAACACAGGUUUGCUCAUGCUGUCACUAAGAUCAAGACAAAUGAACCGACUAGUUAGUUACAAUGUGGCGAGCAGGGAAUGGCUCAAGGUUCCUGGUUGUUUGGUGCCACGUGGGAGAAAGCGGCAAUGGAUUGCGUGCGGCACUGCCUUCAACCCAUGCUUGACUGCUACAGCUUAGCCCCUUUGCUUGCCGUGUCAGCAUUUGCAUGUUGAAGGGGAAUUGGAUUUUAUGGCUGCAAGCUUUUUGUUAUUGUUUUAAUGAAGUAGAUGAUACCUGAGAGGUUUAUGAAUGACAUCUUUUCAUGUACAAACAUGUUGACAAAUAACUUAGAAUUGAAAAGACUGGCGUUUAAAAUUGAAUUCCGCUGGUUCAGAUUUCUAUUUCGUUUUAAA